UUUUUGUUGUGAAAAUUUAAAUCAAUUGGUUUUAAGUUGACUAAUUUGAAUGUAAAUCACCAUAUUAAUUGAUGAUAACUAAUGGUUCAUUUAUAAUCUCGAAAGCUAAUUGAAUUGAAUUUCUAAUUUCGCUUUUUUGUCUAUAUUCUACACUUUUUGAUUUGGAUCUCGAUGGCUUCUAGAGGCGCUCGUAAGGCCGCUGAGAAGGUGAUUCACACCACACCGUUAUUCGUAUGGAUUCAGGCUGGACUUGCUAAUCCUGGUCCACCAUUAGGACCACAAUUGGGUCAAAGAGGAAUCAACAUCGCCCAAUUUUGCAAAGAAUUUAAUGACAAAACUAGUAAACAUAAAAAGGGGAUCCCAAUUCCUUGUAUGAUCAAAGUUAAUCCUGAUAGAAGCUAUAAAUUAGAGAUGAGCAAUCCACCCAUAACUUAUUUCCUGAGACAAGCUGCAGGAGCCGAGAGAGGAUCAGCUAAUCCUGAUAAAGAGGUCGCUGGUAUGGUUACGGUGAAACACGUUUACGAAAUUGCUAAAAUAAAAAGUCAAGAUGCUUAUUAUGAAAAUGUACCAAUGGAGAAGAUUUUCCAGGAAGUAGUUGUAAGAGCUCUCCAGAUGGGAGUCAAAAUUGUACACAAAUUGGAUGGAAAAGAAUACGCAGAAUUUUUGGAGAAACGACGUCUUGAAGUAGAAGAAGAACUCAAGAAACUGGAAGAAGAACGACAAGCCAGAUUGUUGCGAGCUUGAGAAAAAUAAAUUAAUUCGUCAGUCAUCCGAAGUUUUUUUAGGUUCAUCAAAUGUAAGCUCUAGAAUAGCAUCUGAAGAUCCUUGAGUAUCAUUUUCUGUUAAAAUUUUUAUGGAAUUAUGUUCCAACAUCUCGUCA